AUGGCGGAAGACCAAGAGAGUUUACAUGUAUCAGUAGAGAGUUUAAGGCCAAACCUGUAUGAAGGGUGGGGGAAGAAACAAGGAGGAGCAGUGAAGACGUGGAAGAAGCGCUGGUUUGUGUUGAAAGAGAAUCGGUUGUGGUAUUUUGCGUCGAAGACGGCGACGUCAGCGAAAGGGUUUAUAGAGUUAAUACCUGGAACGGAAACAAAAGAUGUUAGUGAGAACAAGAAGUUUAUGUUUUCGAUCAAUUCUCGGAACUUGAAAGGCCCACGAGUAUUUUUCAUAGUGACUGAAAAUUCGAUCGAUCAUGAAUCAUUUUUCAAUGCGGUACGGAAAGCACUCACGAAGACAACACCGACAGCACCUGCUGUAACAACACAAACUAAUGUGUCUACGCCAAAUGCACCACAAAAUUCAGCGAGUGCAGCGCCACAAGCGCCUGUUGUUGCAACGGCGCCAGUGACACAAAACACAACGAGUGUAUCGAUUCAAGGAGCGUUACAGGCGAAAUGUGAUGGCAGAAAGAAUAUAGCGAAAGUGAAAGCAAAGAUCCCAUGGUUACAAGCUGAAGGAGAGAAUGUAGUUGAAUUUUGGAAAUAUUGGAUGGAUUCGACACCACAACCUGAUGCGCUUGAGCCUGGACAAUCGAUUCAAUAUAUGCUUGUUGUUUCAGGAAACACCGACAAGUUGUCGUGGCGAGUGUAUGGCCCACAAGGUGCAUUGAUUCAAAAUAUGGUGGAUUUCUUUUGGAAUGUUGGUGCACCAGAUGAAGAGAUAGAUCAUUUAAACAGUCUUGGGUGUCAAAUUAAUCCAAGUGAAAUUGGGUCAUGGAUUGACAUGAGUGU